AGUGCUGUAAAACAUUUACCAAACAAACAUCCUUGUACAAUAUUCCCAACACCAUUCCUCUCCCCCUGCUUCUUUCCUUUUCCCUCUGGAAGAAAAAGCGACACAUCCUGGCUGAGGGCUCAGGGGACACGCUGUUCUGCCUCAAUGGUGUGCGUGUGCUCAACAUUACAUGGAUUGUACUGGGAAAUGUCUAUGGAAUUAUCUAUCAGAAUCCUGCAGUUGUAGACAACCACGUUUCGGCAGUGAAAAUGACUCAGUCAUUGUGGAUGCAGAUGGUGAUCAAUACUACUCUAGCCGCUGACUCAUUCUUCAUCCUCAGUGGUACUUUGGGUGCUUACCAUUUUCUCAAAGCAAAGACACGGGAAGGCAAGGACAAGGAGCAGCAGCUGUUAAAGGUCAUGACCCUCAAAGAGUACGGCUUCAUGAUUGUUCAUCGUCUGGUCAGAAUUUUCCCCUGUUACGCUGUGCUGCUGAUUCUAGGCACGAACCUGAUGCCAUAUCUUGGCAGAGGCCCUCGCUGGUCGUACGAGAUCGACAACGUCAAAAUCUGCAAGCAAAACUGGUGGUCCAACGCAUUGUUCAUCAACAAUUUUUAUGACCCUGAUAACAUGUGCCAACCUCACACAUACUACCUGGCCAAUGACUUCCAGUUCUUCCUCAUCUCACCUUUGGUGCUUAUACCAUUGCUGAUCAAACCCAAGCUAGGCCUGGGACUGAUAGGCUUCCUUGUGCUGAUCCAGAUUGUGGUGGUCAGCGUGCUCAACCAAGGCAUCAAUGGCAACGUGUUGCGAAUGAAAGAGAACAACUACUGGUCCAUUCUGUAUGUGAAGCCGUACAGUCGUAUUGGAGUUUAUGCCAUAGGAAUGGGUCUAGGCUACUUUCUGUUUGUAUGUGACAGACAGAUGAAAUUCAGACAGAUUCCGCUGUACCUGGGCUGGUUUCUGACAGUAAUAGUGUGCGUGACCUUGCCCUAUGCCACGUACGUGGAGAACAGAGAGAAGGGUCAGCCCUGGUCCGGCAUCGAGACGGCGUUCUACGAGGCGUUCUCCCGACCGGUGUGGGGACUGGCGCUGUCCUGGGUCAUCUUCACCUGCUCCACCGGACAAGGAGCCUUUAUCGGCAAGUUUCUCUCCUGGAACUUGUUCCUCCCGCUCUGUCGCAUCACGUACGGCGUGUUCUUGCUCCACCCAAUCAUCAUCGCAGUGGUCAUCGAGUCGUCACACUUCAACUUCUACCUCAAUUUUGGAGAACUGUUGUACACGUACAUCCCUCUGUUUGCCUGCUCGUACGCCUUGGCGUUUGUCCUCAUCUCGUGCGUGGAGUGCCCCUUCACGUCGUUUGAGAGCUACCUGCGACUUCGCUACAAGACCUGGAGGAGCAACAGAAAGUUGAAAAAGUUUGUUGAAAGCUGCCCGACGGAUUCAUCCGCAUAAAGAAGGAUGGGUAAAAGUAAAGAAAACGGCCCUCAAAGUCAAAGAAAAUUUGUCUUC